GGGCGGUGCGUCCCCGCCUCUCGCUGCCGCGUGGCCUCUCGCCUCAAGAUGGCGGCGCCCGUGGGGCCGGUGAAGUUCUGGAGGCCGGGCACAGAAGGUCCUGGUGUCAGUGUUUCAGAGGAGAGGCAGAGUCCUGCUGAGAGCAGUGGUGUAACUAUCAUCUACAAUCCUUAUGCUUCCCUUUCUAUUGAACAACAAAGACAAAAGCUGCCUGUUUUUAAGCUAAGAAAUCACAUACUUUAUCUAGUGGAGAACUAUCAAACUCUGGUGAUUGUUGGGGAAACAGGAUGUGGGAAAUCAACGCAAAUUCCACAAUACCUAGCAGAAGCUGGCUGGACAGCUGAAGGAAGAGUUGUUGGGGUGACACAGCCUCGUCGAGUUGCUGCUGUUUCAGUCGCAGGCCGAGUUGCUGAUGAAAGGGGUGCAGUGUUGGGUCAUGAAGUUGGAUAUUGUAUUCGCUUCGAUGACUGCACGGAUCCCCAGGCUACAAGAAUUAAGUUCCUAACUGAUGGUAUGCUGGUGAGGGAGAUGAUGGCUGAUCCUCUAUUAACAAGAUACAGUGUUCUCAUGCUGGAUGAAGCCCAUGAAAGGACUCUCUAUACAGAUGUUGCCAUUGGCCUACUAAAAAAGAUUCAAAAGAAGCGUGGGGAUCUUCGACUGAUUGUGGCUUCAGCCACCUUGGAUGCAGAGAAAUUCAGGGAUUUCUUUAAUCAAAAUGACACCGGUGACCCCAGCAAAGAUACCAGUGUGAUCCUUACUGUGGAGGGGAGAACGUUUCCAGUGGACAUCUUUUACUUACAGAGUCCUGUUCCAGACUACGUAAAAUCAACUGUGGAAACUGCAAUGAAAAUUCACCAGAUGGAGAAUGAUGGUGAUAUACUGGCAUUUUUAACUGGCCAGGAGGAAGUGGAGACUGUUGUUUCAAUGCUUAUAGAACAGGCUCGGGCCCUUUCUCGUACUGGAAUGAAAAGACACCUCCGUGUUCUCCCCAUGUAUGCUGGGCUGCCUUAUCCGGAGCAAAUGAAAGUGUUUGAGAGAGUUUCUCGCAAUGUCAGGAAGGUGAUAGUAGCCACCAACGUUGCUGAGACUUCUAUCACAAUUCAUGGAAUUACAUUUGUAAUUGAUUGUGGUUUUGUGAAGCUUCGGGCUUAUAAUCCAAAAACAGCCAUUGAAUGCCUCGUGGUGGUACCAGUGUCCAAAGCGUCAGCUAAUCAGAGAGCAGGGCGUGCCGGCCGGAACCGCUCUGGAAAAUGUUACAGACUUUAUACAGAGGAAGACUUUGAGAAGUUGCCGAAGUCCACCAUUCCUGAGAUGCAGCGCAGUAACCUUGCACCUGUCAUCUUGCAGCUGAAGGCUUUGGGAAUUGACAACGUGCUCAGGUUCCCCUUUCUUUCACCACCUCCUGCACAGUCAAUGGUACAAGCUUUGGAAUUGCUGUAUGCUUUAGGAGGUCUGGAUAUGCACUGCCGUUUAACAGAGCCUCUUGGAAUAAGAAUAGCAGAGUUUCCUCUGAAUCCUAUGUUUGCAAAGAUGCUUCUGGAAUCAGGAAAUUUUGGCUGCUCCCAGGAAAUUUUAACAAUUGCUGCCAUGAUGCAGAUUCAGAAUAUUUUUAUGAUCCCUCCAAAUCAAAAAUCUCAAGCUGCCAGGCAACACAGAAAGUUUGCUGUGGAAGAAGGUGAUCAUCUCACUAUGCUUAAUGUUUAUGAAGCCUUUGUGAAACACAGCAAGAGCUCUCAGUGGUGUCAGGAACACUUUCUAAACUACAAAGGUCUUGUUAGAGCUUCUGUUGUAAGAGAGCAGCUGAAAAAGCUUCUUGUACGUUUUAAAGUGCCAAAGAAGUCCAGUGAAGGUGAUCCAGAUCCUGUUUUGAGAUGCAUAGUUUCUGGAUUCUUUGCUAACGCAGCUAAAUUCCACUCUACCGGUGCUUACAGGACUAUCCGUGAUGACCACGAGCUUCAUAUCCACCCCACUUCAGUGUUGUAUGCGGAGAAACCUCCACGCUGGGUAGUCUACAAUGAAGUCAUACAGACUGCCAAAUACUACAUGAGAGAUGUGACUGCCAUUGAAUCAGCAUGGCUCUUGGAACUGGCACCUCAUUUUUACCAGCAAGGAACGGUACGGAAUCGGCAUAAAGCCCAAACGCAUCUUUCCUUGAAAGCAAAAAGAGCUAAAGUGGAUGACCACUGAUUUGACAUGACUUGUGACAGCAGAUGCAGAACCUACCAGUGAUUUGAAGUUGGCUACAGUCCAUUCAGCAGUUAGUUCAUUACCAAUUUGAUCCUACAUAAAGUUAAAUGUUUAAAUGCCUGCCAGGAUCUGUAGGGGUUUAUGCAUGACCAGUACAUUGUAAAUCUAUGUAGAGCUUGCAUUGUGGACAUUUUAUUCUUUGCCUAAUUGACCACUGUUGUUAAUCUAGGCAUGUUGCUCCUUUUAAUAAAUAGGCAAACAACAACAAAAAACAAAAGUAAGAGGACAUACAGGACCACAAAAAAAGCCUUCAAGAGGGAAGCUGAUUUCCUGGAGUGGUACGGCUGCCUUAUGAGAGUGGGGAAUAGGGUACCCUGCCUCCUGUUACCUAGAGCACUGUGACUACUACUGGCCAGACUGAGACUGACUCCUGACAGCAGGUAGCUCAGGGCAAGGAAGUCACCCUUGAAAUGCAAGGGACUGCCAUGGAAACGUUGGUUUCAUGUCGGACCAUCCUGAACUGGUGCAGCUUGUGCUCCCAAGCAGUAAAAGUCUCCUGCCUGAAGCUGAGCUGCCCCUUGCUUCCUUUGCUGUAACAGUCCUAUAGAAAGUAGCAUAAUAUUUAAAAUGUCUCAUUUCCAUACUUGAGAAUAGUUAUUUUAGGAGGGGGAGGAAGAGAAGCAGCUCAGCCUUUUUAGGAAGGAUUAUUUUUUUUUUCCUCAGUCAAGGGACUAUACAUUUGUUAACAGUUAUUCAGAUUUGCAGAUGGGGCUUUACUGUUUUUUUUUUUUUUUUUUUUCUUCUUACAAGAAAAAGCUGUUAGCCUCUUUCGGCUUGGAAAUCCCAGAAAAUUUCAUCAGGGAACACGUUUUCUAGUGUCUCAUUCAGCAAAGAUGAAUAUGUUCUGUACUUUACUAAUAAGGAACACUGUGUGUGUAUACACACAUAUAUAUGUGUAUGUAUAUAUAUACAUAUAAAUAAGAAAAAGAAUUUGUUCUUUGCCCGGGACUGCAUGUGUUCUGCAAGAGAAGGAUGCUCUGAACACUUCCUGCUUUAACCAGAAUUCCAUGGCUACUUUUCAGUAAAGAACUGUGUUUUUUGCGUUUUAAUAAGAUAGCUUGUAUACAUGUAUUUAUUUUUUCCUACUGUAUCAAUAUUUAUUUUAGAAAGGCACAACUUACUGUUUUAAAAUUUUAUUUUUGUAAGGCAAUUUGUGAUGAAUAUUUUGGGCACAUUAGCUAUGAUUUUGUUUUCUUUAAAAAAAAAAAAAAGGCAACAGUAUGUAAAUAGGCAGAAAUUUCUACGUAGAGUAAAUGCCCUCCUCAUAACAGGACUGCCUUGAAAACUCUGAGAGCUUUUUACUUUCUCCUUUGCAAACACCUGCAGAAAGAACAUGUUCUGUCAUGUGCGAUGUGUUGUCUAUGCAGUGUUUCCAUACUGGUUGCCAGCACAAAAAGAUGUACCAGUCUCAACGUAAGCCACCAGCAGCACGACAAACCAUGUCACCUUCUUUGUUGUCUUCCCUGGGAUCCUCACCUUUGUAUUACUUUCUUAGAAUGGAAGCUCUUUGGGGCAGGGUCUGUCUCCCAGCCAGAGCUGAGAGCAUUGCUGGCACUUACUAAACAUAAUCAAUUUGCAGGUUUUUUUCUGUUAAAGGAUCAGAGAAAGAACUAAACAUGAAGACUUGUAAAGUGUCUGCGUCGCUCCGUCCUCUGGAAAUAUUCUUAUGAAAAAUAAAACCAUUGAAUCAAGGAA